AUUCAUUAUGGUUCUGCAGGAUUCUGGCCUCAUCAGAUGUGACAGCCUGGAUACUGGGUCGGUGUGUGAUGGGGAAGUGAUGGCCCAGAUCGACCACAUGACCCUUGACCCUGAGGGUGAGCCUUCACCAGCAGAAUUGGCUCAAUGUGAGGCUGAAGUGGGCACCCUACUCAGUAUCAUCGCUGAUCUGAACAAGAAGAUGGGAUCACUAAAAGCACCCAGUGAACCAGGUGCUUUGAGACCACCACGACCAUCCAGGCCUCUGGUUCCAGACCUGUUGUCCCACCAGCUGGUCAGAGGCAGCCCAGAAAGGAUCACUGCCUCUGCUGCCACAUCUAAACUUCCACUGACUGAGAAAGGGGGCAGUGGCGUAAUUUGGACAAAACUCCAGGACACUUUAUCAUCAGUGGAGGACUCCAUCAGCUGUAGGAGGUCCUGGGCUGCCCCCAUCACAGCCUCUGACCAGGACAAGCAAAAGGAGCAUCUGAGAGCAGCCCAGGAGAGUUGGGUUAAGGCCUCUCAGAUUUUGGAGGAGAUGGAAAAAGAAUUUGGGAUCUCGUGUCCAUCAGGUUUGACAAAGGACCAGCACCAAGAUGAGAUGCUGGAUCAGGACAAGCAUGUCUCUGCGCCCAGAGGCAGAUUGCAGAGUCACCAGGAGGAGCUGGAGAGAGCACAAAGCACCAUCAGCCAGAUGGAAGAGGAGAAAAACAAGGCGGUGGGUCACCACAGAGGCCGGAGGUCCGGCAGUCGCUCUCCCUCCUACAGGCCCUCAGGCGGUUCCACUGCAGGGGCCUUCAGUCCAGACUGGGCUUCUCCUCCCUUCCCUGGCUCUCCUUUAAUCCUCAGGAGAGGAGCCAGAGCUGUAGCACCUUUGUCUCCUGGUGGGGACAGUUCUCCACUGGGCUCUGUGAACUCAGGCAGUCCUUGUCCUAGUCCCAUCAGCCUGGAGACUGAGAUAGAGCGGCUCAACAGGUACAUCGAGAGGCUGAAAGCCAGGAACGAACGUCUGACUACAGCUCUGGAGCAAAAGAAGGGAGAGACAGAGCAGAUCAGUAUCACACUAAACAGAGUUGAGGCUGACUGCUCUGCCCUGCAGAUGGCUCUCCGAUACUGCGAGGAGUGUGAAGAGGCCUACAGCGAGCUACUGUCACUUUAUGAUGCCAAGAAGCAGCAAAGCAUUCCUCUGCAGACAGACUCAGCAGAGGCAGCCAGUGGCAGGCAGCAGCCUGGCAGUCCAUCAGCUCAGCUCAGGAAAAUGGGAACUGAAGAGCUGUCCACCUCCUUCUCAACAGCAGGGGUCACAGAGGAGACGGAAACACAGAGUCACACAGGGCAGAGGACACCUGAACUGAUGGAGCGAGAGGCUUUUCUCCGUCAGCAAAUUGAGCACCUGAAGAGGGACCGGGCCGCCAUUUGCCUCCCUAAACCGGGCCCAGGAGCAGAGGGCAAAACGAGCCCUGACACUGGUAGCCCGGUUGGGACCAGAGGGGGACACACAACAAAGGAUAACACAAGAGCUCCUGAAACCAAGAAAGAGAAAGCAUCCAUGUUCUAUGAACUCAUCUCUGUCAGGGAGGAGAUGUCAGAUCUGCGAGCUCUUAUCCGCCUCAAGGAGAAAGAGCUGAGGUGUCUGGAGUGGAGUUUAAUGGCCCAGAAGACCCAAGAAGCAGCUGGAGUGUUCAUCCCAGAAAACCUCAGAGAGGAGCUGGAGGAUCGAAAGACUGAUCAACAGAGGCACUGUGAGAAUGCAGCUGAACUUUACAGUGACGGAGACAUCACCGGUCCUCGGGGGAGACCCAUCCUCAAAGAACUGCAGGCUGUCCUGCAAAGGGAACAAGCCCUGAAGAAGAGACUGGCUUUAGUCCAUGAUUCGUUCAACACAGCUCUCACAGACAGCAACAGGAGGGACAAUGAAGAGCAGAUUGUUCGGCUCACACAAGCUCACAAUAAGGCCUUGAGCUCGUACCGGCACAUUCGCAGGAAGUACCGGGAGCACGUGUGGAGGCUGGAGCAGAAAGUGGCAGCCAUGAUGGAGAGUCAACACAGCCAGAGUGGAGCACCGAAGGCUGCAGGGGAUGCCUUGGAGUGGAGGAGGGAAGAGACUGUUCUGUGAUCCGCUGACUCUUCAAACAGAGAAUCAGUCAUCCUCAUAUCCAAAUGUUAUCCACAUUAACUACAAAUCUGCUGUAUGUAAUUUUAUAUAUUCAAAGUCCUUGCACCAUGGAGAUAUAAGUCUCAUCACUGCUGUAUUCUGUUUUUUAAUUAAAUACUUGUAUUACAGAUAGUUUUAUGGCUUUGU